ACAUACUUUCCGACCCGCCUCGCCUACCUCUACCCUGCCCUCCCACCAAACCAAUGCCGUCACCUUAACCCAGACCUGGUAACUUGGUCCCCCUCAACCGCCAUCCCGUUAGCGCUCAUCCUCUGCGCUGGAGUCCCCCUCCGCUUAGCAUCAUACGCCUCCCUAGGCAAAAACUUCACCUUUGCGCUUGCAGAGCCGGAUAGGCUCAAAACAACAGGGCUGUACAGAUAUGUUCAGCACCCCAGUUACACCGGCGUGGUGGUUUUGAUUUUUUGCAAUAUCGCGCUCAUGGCGAGGGUGGACGGGGUGGUGAGCUGCUGGGCGUCGGAGAGGUGGUACAAGUGGUUGAGGGAUUUGGGGUGGUCGUUGGCGCCGGUGGGGGUGUCGGUUGUGCUCGGGGCGGUUUGGACUAGGGUUAGGCAGGAGGAGGAGAUGUUGAGAACAAAGUUUGGGGGGGAGUGGGAGGGGUGGCAUUCGAGGACGGCGAGGUUUGUUCCGGGGGUGUUUUGA